AUGAUCCCUCGCAAGUCAUCUGUGUCUAGGAAAACUAUUACUUAACCUAAAUUUAUCUUAAAAGAUGAUAAUACUUUGGAUUCAUCGUAUUUGGAGAUGUAUUAAUAAAAUAAGAAUCAUAACCCUGGUUAAAGAUUACAAUAAAUACUACAAAAAUAAAUAAAUCAGUCAUAAAAGAAUAAGUCAGUAGAAGAUGAUAGAUUAACUAGAUAAUAGUUUAUUAAUAGAAGCUAAUAAGUUGUUCGCUAAGAUUUAGGAUCUUAUACUCCAUAGAAUAUUUCAUAUGACGAUGUUGAUCUAAGAGAAGAAAAUAAAUAGUUAAAAUGUAUUCUAAUUUUAAUUUAUUUUAGAGUAGAUAAGAAAAUUACAAUUAGAAUUAUAAUAGAGUAAACAUUAAAAUUAAUUACUGAUUCAAGAUUUCGAAUAAUUGAGAGAUUAAUUAGAAAAAUAAUCAGAAGAGUUUAAUCAAGCCUUCGAAUUGAUAAGUGAAGAAAAAUAAUUAAUCUAAUAAGAAAUUGAUUAAAAAGAUUAAAUAAUUGCUUAAUUAAGAUAAUAAUUGGCUCCUCCAAGUAAAACUUAAAUGCAAAUUGAUGAAAUCAAAAAUAGAAUCUUGGCUCGUAAAUCUGUUCAUCGUAGUUCAAGGGAAAACAUUACAUAAAUGAUGAAUGAAAUGGAUUAAUCUGCUAGAUAAGAUUUAAAAGAAAACUUUAUGGAUUAUAAUAAUCGAAUAACACUCUAGAAAUCGAUAAAAUGA